AUGACCACACCUCGUGUCUUCAUUAUCCGGCAUGGCGAGACGGAAUGGUCGCUCAACGGCCGUCAUACUGGCAUGAGCGACAUUCCACUUACCGCCAAUGGCGAGAAACGAAUAAGGGCAACCGGGCGCGCGCUUGUGGGAGCGGACAGGCUGAUCGUGCCGAGGAACCUGGCUCACAUAUAUGUCUCGCCGCGCAAACGAGCGCAACGGACGCUUGAGCUGCUCGGACUAGGUUUAGAGGAUGACAUGCCGUGGCAGGCGCACGGCGACAUCGCAAAGGCCAACAAAGGCACCAGGGCAAAGAUCGAGGUGACGGAGGCUAUACGUGAGUGGGACUAUGGCGACUAUGAAGGCAUUACUAGUAAGGAGAUUGCGGCUCAAAGGGAGAAGGACGGGCUGCCAAAGUGGGACAUAUGGAAGGAUGGUUGUCCGAACGGCGAAUCGCCACAACAAAUCACAGAACGUCUAGAUGCACUAAUAGCUGACGUUCGGUCACGUUUCCAUGCACACGCUAUCGGUAAGCCCAAAGGCUCCGUGACUGAGCCAUACGACGUCCUGAUAGUGGCUCAUGGCCACAUAUUGCGAGCUUUUGCCGCUAGAUGGGUCAAUAAGAACAUCGCAGAGAACCCGAGCCUGCUGCUCGAGGCUGGUGGCGUUGGCACGCUGAGUUACGAGCACCAUGCGCUGAACGAGCCAGCAAUACUGCUUGGUGGCGCCUUUAUGAGCGAUAUCGUUGAUCAGGUGGAAGACGGCAAGCAUUGAAGAGCGGAAGAUUUAGAGAGUCCAUCUUGUGAACAGCAGGUUGUCGGAGACACAGGCCGCUUCCGCCAUUGCCAUGCUCCCUGGCCGCUGCCGUGGCUCGCCUAUGCGAUGCUAUGCACAUUCAAGGAUUAAAAUAGCGGACCACC